AUGGAAAACAUUCAGGCGACUAUUCAACAGAUGCUUAAUGAAGAUAAACGACGUGACACAUUCAAGUUUCUAACCUCAUUAACUGGACUCAAACUUAAUCAAGAACAGGUUUUUGUCAUCGGUGGUGGCCAACAAUUUUCUCACCGACACUCAACAAUGGCUAAUACUGAUGAACAACAAAUGUCAGACGAUAAUAACAAUACAGCUCUCUCGAUACUUGAUCUUCCGGAUGAAGUCUAUCUUCAUCUGUUCUCAUUCCUUAGACCGAUCGAUCUCUGUCAAAUCUCGAAUGUUUGCAAAAAAUGGUAUCGUUUAGCAACAGAUGACAAUGUCUGGCAACAAAGAUUAUUGCAUGAUAUGAAAACUUGGCCAGCAGUCAGUUCGCGUUCCAACCCACUGAGUUAUAUGCUUGUCCAAUCAGACCGUUCACAAAAAGAAAUCUUCCUUACUUGUUCUCCAACCAUUCACCGUUGCUCAAAUCAGAUCAAUGACAGUCUUGUUUAUUUAUCCCAAUUUUCGAAUUAUUUUCGAAGUUGGUUUAUCGGAUCGAAAGAUUUGAUUAUGUUUGGCCCUGGAUUAGAAAGUUACACAUCUCCAUUAGUCAAAAACCUUCUUUGGGAUGAAUCAAAACGUUUUCAAACCAUGGGAAUGAUUCCCGGCCAUGCCGGCUUCGGAUCUGGUAUAAAAAUAAAGCUGCAAAGUCAUGUGUUCAACCUAAUUACUCUAUACACCAACUGUAUGAAGGAACGUGAAAAUCGUCAAACCGGUGAUCGUUUAGCGACAAGCAAUCGCCUCGUUCGCUCGAAUCACAUCGAUGAUUUCGAUAUCAGUCCACAAGUUCGCGAUGCUUGCCGUGAAGCAAAUGGUCUUGUCUACGUUAUUGAAGCUAGUCGUGAUAACAAAUUGAGUGAUUUCUGUACGGAACUACAAGUGAUGACUAGAGAAUUUCGAAAUUUACCAUUAUUGGUUCUCUCCUGUGUACGAAAUACCGAAACCAAACGUUGGUCAGCUAUUGAUGUUGUUCGCGAGCUACAAAUGAGUUCCUUUGCCAACCAAUGGUUAGUGCAAGAUUGUUGUGUUGAUACAUUGAAAGGUGUUGAUGACGGCUUCAUUUGGCUACUGGGAUUACAAUCUAAUAACAAUCUAGUUUUCGGUGCAUCCAACGAAUCAGAACUGAAUAGUCCGUAA